AUUCAAUUCUCUGAUCUCAAUUUUCCACCUCAUGCACCUUAGAUGCUUCCAGCUCCACAGUCCAGCAAAUAUUUCCUUCAGUCCUCACUGUAGUGGAUGUUAGGGUGGACUGUUCUAUUUCCCUGUAACUGCCUUAGUGAGAAAGUGAUGAAGUUCUGGAGUUGGCAGACGGAGGUGGUGGCAUGGAUGGCAGCCGUGAAACAAAUCUUUCUUUCCCUGGGAUGACUUGUGCAAGUGAAUCAGCUUUCUGACUACAAAAUAUCCAGAAGAGCAAGUGAAGAAUCAAGGCAACAAAACAAUACUCAAGGCUGUCAGCCUCUGUGCUUUGAAACAUGGUCCCUUUGAGCAAUGUGACUGAAAUCGCUUUCUUGGGAUUUUCCCAGAACCCGGGCAUGCAGAAAGUCAUUUCUGUGAUUUUUCUCCUCAUGUACUUGGCCAUCGUGCUGGGCAAUGGCUUCAUUGUGGUGACCAUCAUGGCCAGCAAAGGGCUCACCUCCCCCAUGUAUUUCUUCCUCGGCUACUUGUCCUUUGUGGAAAUCUGUUACUGUUCCGUCACAGCCCCCAAGCUCAUCCUUGACUCUUUUAUGGAAAGGACAGUCAUUUCCCUCAAGGGAUGCAUCACCCAGAUAUUUUUCCUCCAUUUCUUUGGUGGCACCGAGAUCUUUCUCCUGACAGUGAUGGCCUAUGACCGCUACGUGGCCAUCUGCAAGCCCCUGCACUACACGAGCAUCAUGAACCGGCGUGUGUGCGGCCUCCUGGUGGGAGCAGCGUGGGGCGGGGGCCUGCUGCAUUCUGUUGGGCAGACCUUCCUCAUUUUCCAGCUGCCCUUCUGUGGCCCCAAGGUCCUUGACCACUACUUCUGUGAUGUGCACCCCGUACUGAAGCUGGCCUGCUCCGACACCUUCCUCAUUGGAGUGCUGAUCAUCACCAAUGGCGGCUCCAUUUCGGUGAUCAGCUUCACGGUCCUGCUCGCUUCCUACGUGGUCAUUCUGUGCUCCUUGAGGAGCCAGACCUCAGAAGGCCGGCGCAAGGCCCUGUCCACCUGCGCCUCUCACGUGGCAGUUGUAAGCCUGUUCUUCAUUCCCUGUUCCUUUGUCUACAUGAGGCCCUGUGUCACCCUCCCUGUAGACAAGAUAGUCGCUGUAUUUUACACAGUGGUCACACCUCUCUUAAACCCCAUCAUCUAUUCCUUCAGGAAUGCAGAAGUGAAGAAUGCCAUGAGGAGGCUGAUGGACGGAAAGUGAUUUGGGAAGAGAAAUAGAUAACUUAGGUAGGGCCAAUGGGAGAAUCAAAGGAUGGGAAAUUGGGGCACAGGAUUCCCACUUUGCUUCUACUUUUAACUGAGGGAGUGGCCCCAGGCCAGUCACUUUCUUUAAGUUUCAAUCUCCUCAUCUUUAUGGGAUUAGACAGGGUUAAAGGGAUUUCUAGGACAAAGUGUUGGAGUCCUCUUCUAAUGCUGCACUUCCACAUUUGACAGUGACCUUGAGGCAGACUGGUUGGUUUUGAGACAGUGAACUCUUCUGGAAACCAGAGCCUCUCAGGGAAUAAUGAUGAAGAAUGAGGUGGGAUGAAGAGGAGCAACGGCCAUAUGUCUUUAUGUUUGAAAAGCCUGAACUUUUGGAGUCUGGGAAGUCACUCAAAUGCUUAGAAAUUCUAUUGACUUGACUCCCUGAGAAUGUGCCUAGUGGGUGCUGGGCAGGCUGAGUGGACCUAGAAGAGAUUAGUUUUCAGAAAAGAAGGCAUUUCAACUUUUGAAGAGAUUCACAUUGGUUCAUGCUCGCAUUAGACUCAGGCUUUCAAGAUUUUAAGUGAUUUGAAAGUACUGGCCAAUGAUACUCACUUUGUAGGCACAAGUUUUAUUUUCCAUGUAAUAUGAAUAUUUUGAUGUUUAACACUGUCUUUUUUCACACCUGUCUGUCAUUCUUUCCCCCCUAUUUUUUCUCCCUAUACCUUUGGUUGUUUGGCCCAUUGGUUUCCUCUGUGGUCAGCCUCUUAGUGUCUCAUGAUUCUCAG